GCACUGGCAGGCAGGCGGCUGGGCAGAGCUGUCAACCUGCUGCAGGCGGGCGGGCGCCCGCACCCCGUUGGCAGCAAGGGCCGGGCUGGGGCUGCCGGCUCCGCCGCCCUCCCGCUUGCCCCAGCCCGGUGCGGCCGUGAGCCUGCGGCCGCCGCCGCCGCCUCCCCGCGGGGAGCGACCACCGCCGCUCGCCCGGGUCAGCGGGAGCAGCGCCCGGGAGAAGGAGAGAGAGGGGGAGCCAUGGCCGAGGGGGGCGAGGGCGAGGACGAGAUCCAGUUCCUGCGAACUGAUGAUGAAGUGGUUCUGCAGUGCACUGCAACUGUUCACAAGGAGCAACAGAAAUUGUGUCUUGCUGCUGAAGGAUUUGGCAACAGGCUUUGCUUUUUGGAAUCCACAUCAAAUUCUAAGAAUGUUCCACCUGAUUUGUCCAUCUGCACCUUUGUGCUGGAGCAGUCUCUGUCAGUACGGGCCCUCCAGGAAAUGCUGGCUAACACAGAAGAAAAGGCAGAAGGGCUAGUUGAUGUGGAAAAAUGGAAAUUUAUGAUGAAGUCUGCACAAGGUGGCGGUCAUCGAACGCUACUCUAUGGGCAUGCAAUCUUGCUGCGCCAUUCCUACAGCGGCAUGUAUCUAUGCUGCCUCUCUACAUCUCGAUCUUCAAUGGAUAAGCUGGCAUUUGAUGUAGGAUUGCAAGAGGACACAACAGGUGAGGCAUGCUGGUGGACCAUCCAUCCUGCUUCCAAGCAACGAUCAGAAGGAGAAAAAGUGCGUGUUGGAGAUGAUCUUAUUUUAGUCAGUGUCUCUUCAGAAAGAUAUUUGCAUCUCUCUUAUGGCAAUGGUAGCUUACAUGUUGAUGCAGCCUUCCAGCAGACACUCUGGAGCGUAGCACCAAUCAGUUCAGGAAGUGAAGUUGCCCAAGGAUAUCUGAUCGGAGGGGAUGUUCUGAGGUUAUUGCAUGGUCACAUGGAUGAAUGUUUGACAGUCCCUUCGGGUGAACAUGGAGAAGAACAAAGAAGAACUGUCCAUUAUGAAGGCGGUGCUGUGUCAAUUCAUGCUCGUUCCCUUUGGCGACUAGAGACUCUAAGAGUUGCGUGGAGUGGCAGCCACAUCAGAUGGGGACAGCCAUUCAGACUAAGACAUAUAACAACAGGAAAAUAUUUAAGUCUCCUGGAUGACAAGAGUCUUCUUCUUACAGACAAAGAGAAAGCAGAUGUAAAAUCUACAGCAUUCUGUUUUCGGUCCUCCAAGGAAAAGUUGGACACAGGGACAAGAAAAGAAGUGGAUGGAAUGGGAGCACCUGAAAUAAAAUACGGGGAUUCAAUAUGCUUCAUACAACAUGUAGAUACAGGCUUAUGGCUCACGUACCAGUCUGCUGAUGCAAAGUCUGUACGAAUGGGUUCUGUGCAGCGGAAGGCAAUAAUGCACCAUGAAGGUCACAUGGAUGAUGGUUUAACAUUGUCCAGAUCUCAGAACGAAGAAUCCCGUACAGCACGUGUCAUCCGCAGUACGGUCUUCCUUUUCAACAGGUUUAUAAGGGGCCUUGAUGCUCUCAGCAAGAAAGUGAAGUCUUCCACCGUUGAUUUGCCUAUUGAGUCAGUCAGUCUGAGCCUUCAGGACUUGAUUGGCUACUUUCACCCCCCUGAUGAACAUUUGGAGCAUGAAGACAAACAAAACAGGCUCCGAGCACUGAAGAAUCGCCAGAACCUCUUCCAGGAAGAGGGUAUGAUCAACCUUGUUCUUGAAUGUAUUGAUCGCUUGAAUGUAUACAGCAGUGCAGCUCAUUUUGCAGACGUAGCUGGGAAGGAAGCUGGAGAAGCAUGGAAAUCUAUUCUGAAUUCUUUGUAUGAAUUGCUAGCGGCUCUGAUUCGAGGGAAUCGUAAAAACUGUGCUCAGUUUUCUGGAUCUCUUGAUUGGUUGAUCAGCAGAUUAGAAAGACUGGAAGCGUCUUCUGGAAUUCUGGAGGUUUUACACUGUGUGUUGGUGGAAAGCCCAGAAGCUCUAAACAUUAUUAAGGAAGGACAUAUUAAAUCAAUCAUCUGUCUUUUGGACAAACAUGGAAGAAACCAUAAGGUUUUGGAUGUUUUGUGUUCUCUCUGUGUUUGUCAUGGAGUAGCUGUUCGGUCUAAUCAACAUCUAAUCUGUGAUAAUCUCCUGCCAGGAAGAGAUCUGCUCUUACAGACUCGCCUUGUCAACCACGUGAGCAGCAUGCGACCCAACAUCUUCUUGGGGAUUAGUGAAGGCUCUGCCCAAUACAGAAAAUGGUACUAUGAACUUAUGGUGGACCAUCUAGAGCCCUUUGUGACUGCAGAAUCAACUCAUCUACGAGUGGGCUGGGCUUCAACAGAGGGCUACUCACCGUACCCAGGGGGGGGAGCAGAAUGGGGAGGAAAUGGUGUUGGUGAUGACUUGUAUUCCUAUGGUUUCGAUGGUCUGCAUCUGUGGUCAGGUUGUGUAGCACGAACAGUAAAUUCUCCCAACCAACAUCUGUUAAGAACUGAUGAUGUUAUUAGCUGCUGUUUGGACCUGAGUGCCCCCAGCAUCUCUUUCCGGAUAAAUGGUCAGCCAGUUCAAGGAAUGUUUGAGAAUUUCAACAUAGAUGGCCUCUUCUUCCCAGUUGUCAGCUUCUCUGCAGGAAUAAAAGUACGUUUCUUACUUGGAGGUCGCCAUGGAGAGUUCAAGUUCCUUCCUCCACCUGGAUAUGCCCCUUGCUUUGAAGCUGUACUACCGAAAGAGAAGCUGAAAGUGGAACAUAGCCGAGAGUACAAGCAGGAUCAUAACUAUACAAGAGACCUACUGGGUCCCACUAUCUCUCUGUCACAAGCAGCUUUCACUCCAGUUCCUGUAGAUACUAGCCAGAUUGUUUUGCCUCCCCACCUGGAAAGGAUUAGAGAAAAAUUAGCAGAGAACAUCCAUGAACUUUGGGUUAUGAAUAAGAUUGAACUUGGCUGGCAGUAUGGACCAGUUAGAGAUGACAACAAAAGACAACACCCAUGUUUAGUGGAGUUCUCAAAAUUGCCGGAGCAGGAAAGAAAUUAUAACUUGCAAAUGUCACUUGAAACACUGAAAACCCUGCUGGCAUUAGGCUGCCAUGUUGGAAUUGCUGAUGAACAUGCUGAAGAAAAAGUGAAAAAAAUGAAACUUCCAAAGAACUACCAGUUGUUGAGUGGAUAUAAGCCUGCUCCCAUGGAUCUGAGUUUUAUCAAACUGACCCCUUCUCAAGAAGCUAUGGUGGAUAAACUAGCAGAGAAUGCUCACAAUGUGUGGGCAAGGGACCGUAUAAGGCAAGGCUGGACGUAUGGUAUCCAGCAGGAUGUGAAAAAUCGACGAAAUCCUCGCCUUGUGCCUUAUGCUCUUUUGGAUGAUCGGACGAAGAAGUCAAACAAAGACAGUCUUCGGGAAGCAGUCCGCACCCUUCUAGGCUAUGGUUACAACCUGGAAGCUCCUGACCAAGAUCAUGCAAUGAGACUGGACGUGUGCAGUGGGAUAAUGGAAAAAUUCAGGAUCUUCCGCACAGAAAAGACUUAUGCAGUGAAGGCUGGGAAGUGGUACUUUGAAUUUGAGGCAGUUACUGCAGGAGACAUGAGAGUUGGCUGGACCAGGCCGGGUUGUCUGCCAGAUCAGGAACUUGGCUCAGAUGAAGAAGCUUUUGUUUUUGAUGGCUUUAAGGCACAGCGGUGGCAUCAAGGUAAUGAACAUUUUGGCCGCUCUUGGUUAGCAGGAGAUGUUGUUGGAUGUAUGGUUGACAUGAAUGAGCACACUAUGAUGUUCACCUUAAAUGGUGAAAUCUUGCUUGAUGACUCAGGUUCAGAACUGGCAUUCAAGGACUUUGAGGUUGGUGACGGAUUUCUACCUGUGUGCAGCCUGGGCCCAUCUCAAGUGGGAAGAAUGAACUUUGGAAAAGACGUCAGCACGCUAAAAUAUUUCACUAUCUGUGGCUUACAGGAAGGGUAUGAACCCUUUGCUGUUAAUACAAACAGAGACAUCACCAUUUGGCUGAGUAAAAGGCUCCCUCAGUUUCUACCAGUGCCACAAAAUCACGAACAUAUUGAGGUGAUGAGAAUUGAUGGCACCAUAGACAGCUGCCCCUGCCUGAAGGUCACACAGAAGUCCUUUGGUUCACAGAACAGUAAAACAGACGUCAUGUUUUUUCGAUUAAGCAUGCCCAUUGAAUGUGCUGAGGUAUUCUCCAGAUCAGCUGCAGGAGGGUUACCAGGCUCUGGUCUUUUUGGCCCGAAGAAUGACUUGGAGGAUUAUGAUGCUGAUUCUGAUUUUGAGGUUCUAAUGAAAACUGCUCAUGGUCAUCUAGUUCCCGACCGGACAGAACGAGAAAAAGAUGCCACAAAACCAGAGUUAAACAACCAUAAAGAUUAUGUUCAAGAAAAGCCUUCACGUCUUAAACAAAGAUUUAUGCUCAGGAGGACAAAGCCAGAUUAUAGCACUAGUCACUCUGCACGGCUUACUGAGGAUGUGCUAGCAGAUGAUAGGGAUGACUAUGAUUAUUUGAUGCAAACUUCCACGUACUAUUAUUCAGUGAGAAUAUUUCCUGGUCAAGAACCUGCCAAUGUCUGGGUGGGCUGGAUUACAUCUGACUUUCACCAGUAUGACACAAGCUUUGAUUUGGACAGAGUGCGUACUGUCACAGUUACGCUGGGAGAUGAAAAAGGGAAGGUUCAUGAGAGUAUAAAACGCAGCAACUGCUAUAUGGUGUGCGCAGGAGAGAGCAUGAGCCCUGGACAAGGACGUAAUAAUAAUGGUCUGGAGAUUGGUUGCUUGGUUGAUGCUGCCAGUGGCUUGCUGACCUUCACAGCUAAUGGCAAAGAACUAGGCACGUACUAUCAGGUUGAACCGAGUACAAAAUUAUUUCCUGCUGUAUUUGCUCAAGCUACAAGCCCCAAUGUUUUCCAGUUUGAAUUGGGAAGAAUAAAGAAUGUAAUGCCGUUAUCUGCUGGCUUAUUCAAAAGCGAACACAAAAAUCCAGUCUCUCAAUGUCCUCCACGUCUCCAUGUCCAAUUUCUGACUCAUGUGCUUUGGAGCAGAGUGCCAAACCACUUCUUGAAGGUUGAUGUCUCUCGGAUCAGUGAACGUCAAGGCUGGAUGAUACAGUGCCUGAAUCCUUUGCAGUUCAUGGCUCUUCAUAUUCCUGAAGAAAACAGAACAAUUGAUAUUUUAGAGCUGACAGAACAAGAAGAAUUGCUGAAAUUUCACUACCAUACCCUCCGAUUAUAUUCAGCUGUUUGUGCUUUAGGCAACAACCGAGUGGCCCAUGCUAUGUGUAGCCAUGUGGAUGAAUCUCAGCUCCUGUAUGCUAUUGAGAAUAAAUAUAUGCCAGGAUUAUUACGUGCAGGAUAUUAUGACUUACUCAUUGACAUCCAUCUCAAUACCUAUGCAACUGCCAGGUUAAUGAUGAAUAAUGAAUUUAUAGUUCCAAUGACAGAUGAGACCAAGAGUAUUACUUUGUUUCCUGAUGAAAACAAAAAACAUGGCCUCCCUGGUAUUGGACUUAGCACUUCAUUAAGGCCAAGAAUGCAGUUCUCCUCUCCGAGUUUUGUAAGCAUUAGCAGUGAAUGCUUUCAGUUCAGUCCUGAAUUCCCUCUGGAAAUCUUAAAGGCCAAAACCAUAGAGAUGCUGACUGAAGCUGUUCAGGAGGGCAGCCUCCAUGUCAGAGAUCCAGUUGGAGGUUCUACAGAAUUUCUGUUUGUCCCUCUCAUCAAGCUCUUUUAUACCCUCCUAAUUAUGGGAAUCUUCCACAAUGGGGAUCUGAAACACAUCUUGCGGUUGAUUGAGCCCAGGGUUUUCAAAGAAGCAAUGAGCCAGGAGGAUGAAGUUGAUUUCUCAGAGAAGGAGCUGAGUUCAGAUGAGCUCAAGUCAGAAGAAGGAGAGGAAGAAACCAGAGGGGAGCAAGUGCCAAAGGAAGGACUCCUUCAGAUGAAACUUCCAGAACCUGUUAAAUUACAGAUGUGCCAUCUACUCCAGUACCUGUGUGAUUGCCAAGUACGACACCGAAUAGAAGCCAUUGUAGCAUUUUCAGAUGAUUUUGUGGCCAAGCUUCAAGAGAAUCAACGCUUCCGGUACAAUGAAGUGAUGCAGGCCUUGAACAUGUCUGCUGCCCUGACUGCUAGAAAAACAAAAGAAUUUCGAUCCCCACCUCAGGAACAGAUUAACAUGCUGCUGAACUUUAAAGAUGAUAAAAAUGAUUGUCCUUGCCCUGAAGAAAUUCGGGAUCAACUCUUGGAUUUCCAUGAAGACCUAAUGACACACUGUGGAAUUGAACUAGAUGAAGAUGGAACCUUGGAUGGAAACAGUGAUUUAACCAUUAGGGGUCGCCUCCUAUACCUUAUGGAAAAAGUUACAUAUCUGAAGAAGAAGCAAGCUGAGAAGCCAGUUGACGAUGAUGCUAAGACAUCCUCUACUCUUCAGCAGUUGAUUUCAGACACAAUGGUACGCUGGGCCCAGGAAUCAGUGAUAGAAGACCCGGAGUUAGUAAGGGCCAUGUUUGUAUUGCUACACCGCCAAUAUGAUGGUAUUGGUGGCCUGGUUCGAGCCCUACCAAAGACGUACACCAUAAAUAGCGUGUCUGUGGAAGACACAAUCAAUCUUCUGGCAUCCCUCGGCCAAAUCCGUUCCUUGCUUAGUGUCAGAAUGGGGAAGGAGGAAGAGAAACUUAUGAUUCGUGGAUUAGGAGACAUCAUGAAUAAUAAAGUAUUUUACCAACAUCCAAAUCUCAUGAGAGCUUUAGGCAUGCAUGAAACUGUCAUGGAAGUGAUGGUAAAUGUGCUUGGUGGAGGAGAAUCCAAGGAAAUCACUUUCCCAAAGAUGGUGGCAAACUGCUGUCGUUUUCUAUGUUAUUUUUGCCGCAUCAGCAGACAGAAUCAAAAAGCUAUGUUUGAUCAUCUUAGCUAUUUAUUGGAAAACAGCAGUGUUGGCCUUGCCUCUCCUUCUAUGCGAGGAUCAACUCCUUUAGAUGUUGCAGCAGCCUCUGUGAUGGAUAACAAUGAACUUGCACUAGCUUUAAGAGAACCUGAUCUGGAGAAGGUGGUUCGCUACUUGGCUGGAUGUGGAUUGCAGAGCUGUCCUUUGUUGAUUUCUAAAGGCUACCCAGACAUCGGAUGGAAUCCAGUUGAAGGAGAGCGAUAUUUGGAUUUUCUUCGUUUUGCUGUUUUUUGCAAUGGAGAGAGUGUGGAGGAGAAUGCUAAUGUUGUAGUCAGACUGCUUAUCCGUCGACCUGAAUGUUUUGGUCCAGCUCUAAGAGGAGAAGGCGGCAAUGGGUUACUUGCGGCCAUGGAGGAAGCAAUACAAAUAUCAGAAGAUCCAACAAGAGAUGGACCUUCCCCAAGUAAUGGAUCUAGUAAAACCCUUGAAAUGGAAGAACAAGAAGAUGACACUAUUCACAUGGGAAAUGCAAUCAUGACCUUUUAUGCUGCUUUGAUUGAUCUGUUAGGACGCUGUGCCCCUGAAAUGCAUCUAAUCCAUGCUGGUAAAGGGGAAGCCAUUAGAAUCAGAUCAAUUCUACGGUCUUUGAUUCCACUGGAAGAUUUGGUGGGAGUAAUUAGUAUUCCUUUCCACAUGCCAACCAUAGCUAAAGAUGGUACUGUGGUGGAACCUGACAUGUCUGCGGGGUUUUGCCCAGAUCACAAGGCAGCCAUGGUUUUGUUCCUUGACAGGGUCUAUGGAAUUGAGGACCAGGAUUUUCUUCUACACCUUCUUGAAGUUGGCUUUCUGCCAGAUCUUCGUGCUGCUGCUUCUUUAGAUACAGCUGCUUUAAGUGCUACGGAUAUGGCUUUGGCUCUGAAUCGGUACCUUUGCACAGCAGUCUUGCCUCUGUUGACCAGAUGUGCUCCUCUUUUUGCUGGCACAGAGCACCAUGCUUCCCUCAUCGAUUCCUUAUUACAUACUGUGUACAGACUUUCAAAGGGAUGCUCUCUUACCAAAGCUCAGCGAGAUUCUAUUGAAGAGUGUUUGCUGUCUAUCUGUGGGCAGUUGCGGCCUUCCAUGAUGCAGCAUUUGCUGAGAAGAUUAGUAUUCGAUGUUCCUCUAUUAAAUGAACAUGCGAAGAUGCCUCUCAAGUUGCUGACAAAUCAUUAUGAAAGAUGCUGGAAGUAUUAUUGUUUGCCAGGUGGAUGGGGUAACUUUGGUGCUGCCUCAGAAGAAGAACUUCAUUUAUCCAGAAAGUUGUUCUGGGGUAUUUUUGAUGCUUUGUCUCAAAAGAAGUAUGAACAAGAACUGUUCAAAUUGGCUUUGCCUUGUUUGAGCGCAGUUGCAGGGGCCUUACCUCCAGACUAUAUGGAAUCAAAUUAUGUCAAUAUGAUGGAAAAACAGUCUUCAAUGGAUUCAGAUGGGAACUUUAGUCCUCAACCGGUUGAUACAUCGAACAUUACAAUCCCUGAAAAGCUAGAAUAUUUCAUUAACAAAUACGCAGAACACUCUCAUGACAAAUGGUCAAUGGAAAAGUUUGCCAAUGGAUGGACAUAUGGUGAAACGUAUUCUGAAUCUGCAAAAGUGCAACCAUUAAUGAAACAAUAUAAGUUACUGUCUGAAAAGGAGAAAGAAAUUUAUCGAUGGCCAAUCAAAGAAUCGCUGAAAACUAUGCUGGCAUGGGGAUGGCGAAUUGAAAGAACACGGGAGGGAGAUUCCAUGGCACUGUAUAAUCGGACACGUCGCAUAUCUCAAACCAGUCAAAUCUCUGUAGAUACAGCCCAUGGUUACACUCCUCGAGCGAUUGACAUGAGCAAUGUCACCCUCUCCAGAGACUUACAUGCUAUGGCCGAGAUGAUGGCUGAAAACUACCAUAACAUAUGGGCAAAGAAAAAGAAAAUGGAGCUUGAAGCAAAAGUAGGAGGAGGCAACCAUCCUCUUCUUGUUCCUUAUGAUACACUCACAGCCAAAGAAAAAGCCAAGGACAGAGAAAAAGCACAGGAUAUUCUGAAAUUUCUACAGAUUAAUGGAUAUGUUGUCUCCAGAGGACUUAAGGACCUGGAAUUGGACACGCCUUCCAUUGAGAAACGCUUUGCCUACAGUUUCCUUCAGCAACUUAUAAGAUAUGUCGAUGAAGCCCAUCAGUACAUUCUGGAGUUUGAUGGUGGCAGCAGAGGCAAAGGAGAGCACUUCCCAUAUGAACAAGAAAUCAAGUUUUUUGCCAAAGUUGUGCUCCCUUUGAUUGAUCAGUAUUUUAAAAAUCAUCGCCUGUAUUUCUUAUCUGCAGCAAGUAGGCCUCUCAGCAGUGGAGGCCAUGCCUCUAAUAAAGAGAAAGAAAUGGUGACAAGCCUGUUCUGCAAACUUGGAGUUCUUGUCAGGCAUAGGAUUUCACUGUUUGGAAAUGAUGCAACAUCAAUAGUCAACUGUCUUCACAUACUGGGCCAGACCUUGGAUGCAAGGACUGUGAUGAAAACUGGUCUGGAAUCUGUUAAGAUGGCAUUGAGAGCAUUUUUGGACAAUGCUGCUGAGGAUCUGGAGAAAACAAUGGAAAAUCUUAAGCAAGGCCAGUUUACACACAGCAGAAACCAGCCAAAGGGAGUUACACAAAUCAUUAAUUAUACCACAGUUGCUCUCCUGCCAGUGCUAUCUUCAUUAUUUGAGCAUAUUGGACAGCACCAGUUUGGGGAAGAUUUGAUAUUGGAAGAUGUUCAGGUCUCCUGCUACAGAAUAUUGGCCAGUUUAUAUGCUCUGGGAACCAGCAAGAGUAUCUAUGUAGAGCGGCAACGAUCAGCACUAGGAGAAUGCUUGGCUGCUUUCUCAGGGGCCUUUCCAGUGGCUUUUUUGGAAACUCAUUUGAACAAACAUAACAUCUACUCAAUUUACAAUACCAAGAAUGCAAGAGACAGAGCAGUUCUCAAUUUGCCUACUAGUGUAGAAGAGGUUUGCCCAAAUAUUCCCUCCUUGGUGAAGCUAAUGGAAGAAAUUGUGGAACUGGCAGAGUCUGGUAUUCGUUACACACAAAUGCCACAUAUCAUGGAAGUAAUACUGCCUAUGCUGUGUAGUUACAUGUCACACUGGUGGGAGCAUGGGCCAGAAAACAACCCUGACAAGGCUGAAAUGUGUUGCACAGCCUUGACAUCAGAGCACAUGAACACUCUGUUGGGUAACAUAUUGAAAAUCAUCUAUAACAACCUUGGUAUUGAUGAAGGAGCCUGGAUGAAGAGAUUAGCAGUGUUUUCCCAGCCCAUCAUAAGCAAAGCGAAGCCACAGCUCUUAAAGACACACUUCCUGCCACUGAUGGAUAAGCUAAAGAAAAAAGCAGCAGUGGUUGUAUCGGAUGAAGAACAUCUAAGAGCAGAAGGCAGAGGUGACAUGUCGGAGGCUGAACUGCUCAUCCUAGAUGAGUUCACCACUUUGGCACGGGACCUCUAUGCCUUCUACCCUUUGUUGAUUAGAUUUGUGGACUAUAACAGGGCAAAAUGGCUGAAAGAGCCCAACCCUGAAGCGGAAGAAUUGUUCCGCAUGGUGGCUGAGGUCUUCAUUUACUGGUCAAAGUCUCAUAAUUUCAAAAGGGAAGAGCAGAACUUUGUGGUACAAAAUGAAAUCAACAACAUGUCUUUCCUUAUUAGUGACACCAAAUCUAAGAUGUCCAAGGCAGCAGUUUCUGACCAGGAGAGGAAGAAGAUGAAGCGAAAAGGUGACCGGUACUCUAUGCAGACCUCUCUCAUUGUGGCAGCACUGAAGAGAUUACUUCCUAUUGGCCUAAACAUUUGUGCUCCUGGAGACCAAGAGCUAAUUGCACUGGCCAAAAAUCGAUUCAGUAUGAAAGAUACUGAAGAUGAGGUACGAGAUAUCAUCCGCAGUAAUCUUCACCUCCAGGGCAAGUACCGAGCCUUUUAUUUCAAGAAAUUGAUGACGAAACUUGCAUUCAUUUUGACAUGGAUGAAGCUCAAGUCACCAAAAUCUUCUUCCCGCCAUGCUAAUUCACACCUUGAAAUGUCAACUACUCAUACCCUUAGAAAACUACCUAUACAAAAAAGCUGUACCUUGAUAGAAUGUGAGGAGUCCUCAGAUCAAAAGACAUCUCCACCUGUGAUUAAAAAGUCUUUUGUGGACUAUCCAUUCAUGAUGAUCCAGUCAAAUGCUCACACAAAGACUAUGGAUGUGACAGUUGUUAAGAAAUGGAAAAGCCGAAAGGUGGAAGAAAUGCCUGCCAAUUGUGGCUUUCUAGGUUAUAAUAAGCUAUUAUUGAGCGACUGUCUUGAGGAUCCUGCCAUUAGGUGGCAGAUGGCACUUUACAAAGAUUUACCAAACAGGACUGAAGAUUCCUCAGAUCCAGAGAAGACUGUGGAAAGGGUCCUUGAUAUAGCUAAUGUACUGUUUCACCUGGAACAGGUUGAGCAUCCUCAGCGGUCCAAAAAAGCAGUGUGGCAUAAGCUGCUGUCUAAACAGAGGAAAAGAGCAGUAGUUGCCUGCUUUAGAAUGGCACCAUUGUAUAAUCUGCCAAGGCACCGAGCCGUCAAUCUCUUUCUUCAAGGCUAUGAUAAAUCUUGGAUUGAGACGGAAGAACACUAUUUUGAAGACAAACUGAUAGAAGACUUAGCAAAACCUGGGGAGGAACCACCGGAAGAAGAUGAAAGCCUUAAAAGAGUUGAUCCUUUACAUCAACUUAUUCUGCUAUUCAGUCGAACAGCCUUGACUGAAAAAUGCAAAUUGGAAGAAGAUUUCCUGUAUAUGGCUUAUGCUGACAUUAUGGCAAAGAGCUGCCAUGAUGAAGAAGAUGAUGAUGGUGAAGAAGAAGUGAAGAGUUUUGAAGUGACAGGAUCACAGCGCAGCAAGGAAAAAGAAAUGGAAAAGCAAAAACUUCUGUAUCAACAAGCCAGACUGCAUGACCGGGGUGCUGCUGAGAUGGUUCUGCAGACAAUCAGUGCUAGUAAAGGUGAGAUGGGGCCAAUGGUUGCAGCUACCCUAAAGCUAGGGAUUGCCAUCUUAAAUGGAGGAAAUUCUACCGUUCAACAGAAAAUGCUUGACUACCUCAAGGAUAAAAAGGAUGUGGGGUUCUUUCAGAGCCUUGCUGGUCUUAUGCAGUCCUGUAGUGUUCUUGACCUAAAUGCGUUUGAACGUCAGAACAAAGCAGAAGGCCUUGGCAUGGUGACUGAAGAGGGAUCAGUCAUCACUCAUGAGCGUGGAGAAAAGGUGAUGCAGGAUGAUGAGUUCACCUGUGAUCUCUUCCGCUUCCUUCAAUUGCUUUGUGAAGGACAUAAUUCAGAUUUUCAGAAUUACCUGAGAACUCAGACUGGUAACAACACAACUGUUAAUAUUAUCAUUUCCACUGUGGAUUACUUAUUAAGAGUUCAGGAAUCCAUUAGUGAUUUCUAUUGGUAUUAUUCUGGGAAGGAUGUUAUUGAUGAGCAAGGACAACGAAAUUUUUCCAAAGCCAUCCAGGUUGCAAAACAAGUUUUCAAUACUCUUACCGAGUAUAUCCAGGGGCCAUGUACUGGGAAUCAGCAAAGCCUGGCACACAGCAGGCUAUGGGAUGCUGUGGUUGGUUUUCUUCAUGUGUUUGCCCACAUGCAGAUGAAGCUGUCUCAGGAUUCCAGUCAAAUUGAAUUACUGAAGGAAUUAAUGGAUCUUCAGAAGGAUAUGGUUGUCAUGUUGCUGUCUAUGCUGGAAGGUAAUGUUGUGAAUGGAACUAUUGGCAAGCAGAUGGUCGAUAUGCUUGUGGAAUCAUCCAACAACGUGGAGAUGAUUCUGAAGUUUUUUGAUAUGUUCUUAAAAUUGAAGGAUUUGACUUCCUCUGAUGCAUUCAAAGAAUAUGACCCUGAUGGUAAAGGGAUAAUUUCAAAGAGGGAUUUUCACAAGGCAAUGGAAAGCCAUAAGCAUUACACCCAGUCUGAAACUGAGUUUCUACUAUCGUGUGCUGAAACAGAUGAGAAUGAGACUCUGGACUAUGAGGAGUUUGUGAAACGAUUCCAUGAACCUGCCAAAGACAUUGGUUUCAAUGUCGCUGUUCUCCUGACCAACCUGUCAGAACACAUGCCACAUGACACCCGCUUGCAAACUUUUCUUGAACUGUCAGAGAGUGUGCUGAAUUACUUUCAGCCUUUCCUUGGGCGCAUAGAAAUCAUGGGCAGUGCAAAGCGCAUUGAACGAGUUUAUUUUGAAAUAAGCGAGUCAAGUCGGACUCAGUGGGAGAAACCUCAGGUAAAAGAGUCAAAGAGACAAUUUAUAUUUGAUGUUGUAAAUGAAGGCGGGGAGAAAGAAAAGAUGGAGCUUUUUGUUAAUUUCUGUGAGGAUACCAUCUUUGAAAUGCAACUGGCUGCCCAGAUCUCUGAGUCAGAUCUGAAUGAAAGGUCAGCAAAUAAAGAGGAGAAUGAGAAAGAUAAGCCUGAAGAACAGGAUCCUAGAAUGGGUUUCUUCUCCCUCGUGACCAUGAAGUCAGCAUUAGUAGCGCUCAAGUAUAAUUUAAUGACUCUUAUGAAAAUGCUCAGCAUGAAAAGCCUAAAGAAACAGAUGAAAAAGGUGAAGAAAAUGACCAUGAAGGACAUGGUCAUGGCCUUGUUUUCUUCCUAUUGGAGCAUUUUGAUGGGCUUACUACAUUUUGCUUGUAGUGUCGUCCGGGGCUUCUUUCGCAUCAUAUGCAGUUUGCUGCUUGGAGGAAGCCUAGUAGAAGGAGCAAAGAAAAUCAAGGUGGCUGAGCUGUUAGCUAAUAUGCCAGAUCCCACUCAGGAUGAGGUGCGUGGGGAAGGAGAAGAGGGGGAAAGGAAGCCAACAGAAGCUGCAUUGCCUGCAGAAGACUUGACAGAUCUGAGAACUUUGUCAGAUGAGAGUGAUCUCCUCUCAGAUAUAUUUGGUUUGGAUUUGAAACGAGAAGGUGGGCAGUAUAAAUUGAUCCCUCACAAUCCGAAUGCUGGUUUGAGUGAUUUACUGAGCACUCCCUCCUUAGCUCCAAUGCCUGAGGUGCAGGAAAAAAUCCAGGAGCAGGUGAAAGAAGAUGAAAAGGAAGAGAAGGAGGAAACAAAAUCUGAACCUGAAAAAGCAGAAGGAGAAGAUGGAGAAAAAGAAGAGAAAGCCAAGGAAGACAAAGGGAAACAGAAGUUGAGACAACUCCAUACUCACAGAUAUGGAGAACCAGAAGUUCAGGAAUCAGCUUUCUGGAAGAAAAUCAUUGCAUACCAACAGAAGCUUCUUAAUUAUUUUGCGCGAAACUUUUAUAACAUGAGGAUGUUGGCGUUGUUUGUUGCUUUUGCCAUCAACUUCAUCCUGCUUUUCUAUAAGGUCUCCACCUCUGCUGUGACAGAAGAAAAGGAAGUUCCUGUGGUAUCUGCUGCUGAAAGUACCAAGUUAAACAGCCUGGAAAGCGACAACCAGAGGGUCAUUGCAGUGCAUUAUGUCCUGGAAGAAAGCAGUGGCUACAUGGAGCCCACACUGCGGAUUUUGGCCAUCCUGCACACAGUCAUCUCAUUCUUCUGCAUCAUAGGGUAUUACUGUUUGAAAGUUCCACUGGUUAUUUUUAAGAGAGAAAAGGAAGUGGCAAGGAAAUUGGAAUUUGAUGGGCUGUAUAUAACUGAACAGCCAUCAGAAGACGAUAUUAAGGGACAGUGGGACAGACUCGUAAUCAACACACAGUCUUUUCCAAAUAAUUACUGGGACAAAUUUGUGAAAAGAAAGGUCAUGGAUAAAUAUGGUGAGUUCUAUGGCCGUGACAGGAUCAGUGAGUUACUAGGAAUGGACAAAGCUGCUCUCGAUUUUAGUGAUGCUCGAGAAAAGAAGAAACCAAAGAAGGAUAGCUCCUUAUCUGCUGUGCUAAAUUCCAUUGAUGUUAAGUAUCAGAUGUGGAAAUUAGGAGUUGUUUUCACUGAUAAUUCUUUCCUUUACCUAGCGUGGUACAUGACCAUGUCAGUCCUUGGCCAUUACAACAAUUUUUUCUUUGCUGCUCAUCUCCUUGACAUUGCAAUGGGAUUCAAGACUUUACGAACUAUCCUGUCAUCAGUGACUCACAAUGGCAAACAGCUUGUCCUAACAGUGGGAUUACUGGCAGUAGUAGUAUACUUGUAUACAGUAGUGGCAUUCAAUUUUUUCCGCAAGUUCUACAACAAGAGUGAAGAUGGUGAUAUGCCAGACAUGAAAUGUGAUGAUAUGCUAACAUGCUACAUGUUUCACAUGUACGUUGGAGUACGUGCAGGUGGAGGCAUUGGUGAUGAGAUCGAGGAUCCAGCAGGAGAUGAAUAUGAAAUCUAUCGGAUUAUCUUUGACAUCACUUUCUUCUUCUUUGUGAUUGUCAUCCUGCUUGCAAUUAUUCAAGGUUUAAUUAUUGAUGCUUUUGGUGAGUUAAGAGAUCAGCAAGAGCAAGUUAAGGAAGACAUGGAGACGAAGUGCUUUAUCUGUGGAAUAGGAAAUGACUACUUUGAUACAGUGCCCCAUGGCUUUGAAACACACACACUACAGGAGCACAACUUGGCCAAUUAUUUGUUUUUUCUGAUGUAUCUUAUUAACAAAGAUGAAACAGAGCAUACAGGACAGGAAUCCUAUGUAUGGAAAAUGUAUCAAGAACGGUGCUGGGAGUUUUUCCCUGCUGGUGAUUGCUUCCGAAAACAGUAUGAAGACCAGCUCAACUAAGCAGAGAUGAGGAUUUCCAGACACAAAUAUGUCCAUGUAUUUCCCAAGUCUUUUGGGAAUAUCCAACAGAUUUCUUAAAUCCCCAAAGCUGUGUGCUUUUUGGAGCACCAAAGCUCUGUUUUUAAUGACACAACUGCGCUUUUAUUUUCUUGUGUAUUUGCUUUGAGAACACUGGAGUAAAGAACAAUGAAAAAUAACAGCAACUCUGGAAAACAAACCAACCACUUGCACACACACAAAAGAUACCCCUAUACAUAACAUGCACACAUAAGAAGAGACUUGAGACAGCUUAUUUCUGAAACUGCCAGAUGAUGCCCUUGUCUAUAAGAUCACACAUGGGGUGACAUGGUAGCAACACUCAUUCAAUCUGUUUAUUUCAUCAUCCUGGAAGGAACUAUAUAUAGUUCGCAGAGCACUGUAAAAGAUUGUUGUGGACACUAAGUUGUGGGGAAAUAGUGCCUUACUAUAUGUGGGUUGAGCUAUGCAGAAGACGAGUGCAUGAUGACAUCUUUUUUUUUUUUCUUUGUCUUCCCUUUCUUCCAAGUUAAUAUUUAUUUUGUGGUUUUGGUGGGUUUGCGAGGAAGGAAUUUGGUUGUGCACAUCUUUUUAAUAAGACUGGAGUGUCUCAGGACAAGAUUAGGUUGUUUUCAUCAAGUUCAUUUCACAUUUACCUUCCUCUUUAGCUUUUGCUCUUAUUUUGGUAAUGCUCUGAUACAACACUGCAACUUUAUGAAAUCUUUGUAUGAAAACAAGACGACUGCAAAAAACACUUUAACAAGAAAUGUUUCAUUGCAUGUUUAUUAUGCAAGUUUAAAACAAUCAAAAAAACCAACCUUCAGAAGCAAGUUGAUCAACAUGAAAAAACAUUCACAAUAAUUAUAUCCAUAGUAAUAAAGUGUUGUGGGCUUUAUUGUACAUCUGGAACAAGUGUCAUCAGCCAACAAUGUAUAUGUUAUGAAUUUAACAGUAGUUUUGGUUUCUUUUCUUUUCCUUUCUUUUAUUUCUGCCACCUGUGAUCGAUAGUGGAGUUGAAGAUUUUCUUGUUAAAUUAUUUUUUAAAAGCAAAGCUGAAGCAAUAUCCAUUCAGGGACUCCAUCAGUUGCAUCAUGAAACACCAAUGAUGUAUACAUCACUCCAUUUUGAGUCCUUUUCAAUUGUAAUGCCAGUCUUUACAAAUAAAAAGAGAGAUUCAGAAUGGAAACAA